AUGUCUACUCUGCUAGCAAAGCAGACCUUGGCAUUCCCUGGUUGGCAAAGGGCCCGCACGGUCUCUCCGUUGUAUACUCGUGUUGCCAGGGAAUCCAGUGACGGAGUCUACCGAAUUCCCAGUACGGUCCAUAAAGGAGCUAACAAGGCUCAAUUUGAUAUUCAAUUAUCCGCGUUGACUCUGGAUAUUGAAACAUUGUUCAGCUUGGAUGCACCCCAGCUCGAUUCAAUCAAUGCUUCGGUCUUCGACUGGUGGUAUUUCGAUGCUGUAUCAGACGCCAAUCCAGAAGAUUCACUGGUAGUCACUUUCUUUUCGUCCUCGGCGGCAGCUUUUCCAUUCCUGCAUGCAAAUCAAUCAUCCGUCCUCACUGCUUGGAUUUGGGCAUCGUUCACCAAUGGCACCGUUUUCGCAGAUUAUGCCCCGGCAACUGUGGCAACUACGGUGGUCACACCAACAGCGCAGGGGGCCGCAACGGGAUUCAGCUGGGCUGCGAUCUCCAAUAAUCUGACCACCAAGUACGAGAUCGUUGUUGCAUCGGAGAAGAUGCAAGUUCAAGGGCGAUUUACCUUGACUUCUAGAGCCCCGCCUCAUCUGCCCUGUGGAACUCAAACAGAGCGGACAACUCUUGAAAUUGCGCCUCACAUUGGAUGGGUCAACCUCGUGCCUGAUGCCGUGGGCGAUGUUGAUAUGGAGAUCCAUGGAUCAACACUGAAAUUCAAAGGCUCAGGGUACCACGACAAAAAUUGGUCUGAUAGACCUUUUAUGGAUUCUGUGCAGAGCUGGUACUGGGGCCAUGGGCGAAUUGGCGCAUACUCAGUUGUAUGGUUCAGCUAUCUCGCCCUUAAUGAUCCAACCAACACCACAUAUGUGAGCGGUCAUGUUGAAAAAGAUGGAGAGGUACUCGUAUCGGCCUGCAAAUCCGAUUUUCUUACCGUGCGGCCGAUCGGUAGCCCGGGAACCACUGGAGGGCGAUACCCACCACGCCUGGGUGAUAUUCCGGAAGGGUUCCAGUUGCAAUUUGAUUUGGGCGAGCCGAAUGGCCACUUGAGAGUGAAUGUGUCGAUGAGAACAGUGGUUGCGGGGGAUGGUGAAUAUUACAUGCGCUGGACAGGAGAGUUGGUUGGUGAGUUGGUCAAGUCUGAGAGUGAGCAACCACAAGAGGCCUGCGCCGCUAGCCUAAGAAAUGACACAAGCAACAGAGAUAAGCUAUCUUCCCUGCAUGGUGUUGGAGUCUUCGAACAGUUUGUAUUGGUUGAAUAG